AUGCUGGGCGGCGCGAGGCGGCGGGCGAUGCUGGCGCUGUCGGGGGCCGCGGGCGGCGGCGGCGGCGGCGGCGGCGGGGCGGCGCGAGGCCCGCGUGGCGGCUCGCCCCCGGGGGUCGGCGCGGCGCCUGCCCCGCAAGGGCCGCCGGGCGCCCCCAGCCCCGCGCGGGUGUUGCCGGCGUGCCCCGUGGGCGGCGCGGUGGAGGCGGCGGCGGCGGCCCUGCGGGCGGGCGGCCUAGUGGCCGUGCCCACCGACACCGUCUACGGCGUGGCCUGCCUGGCGCAGGACUCGCGGGCCCUCCGGGCGCUCUACCGGCUGAAGGGGCGCGCCGGGAGCAAGCCGGUGGCCGUCUGCCUGCCGGACCUCGAGCACGUGUACAGAUACUGCAACGUCAGCCUUCCUGAUGAGCUGCUGCGUGAUCUCCUCCCUGGGCCAGUGACGCUGGUCCUGGAACGCUCAGAGGCCCUCAACAAAGACCUGAACCCCUUCACCCCACUAGUUGGUAUUCGCAUCCCCAGUCACUGGUUCAUCAGAGAGCUGGCCAGAGCCUGUGCUGCCCCUCUCGCGUUAACGAGUGCAAACCUCAGUGAUGAAGGCAGCACCCUCACUGUCCUGGAGUUCCAAGAUCUCUGGCCUCACCUGUCGCUGGUCAUUGAUGGGGGCCCAAUUGGGAACAUCCAUAGACCAGAGUGCCGCCUAGGCUCCACUGUGGUUGACCUCUCUGUCCCAGGAAAGUUCAAGGUUAUUCGGCCAGGCUGUGCGCUUCCUCAGACUAUUGAAAUCCUGGUAGCCAAGCAUGGCCUGUCAACUGAGCUGCAUGGUUUAUGAAACACAUAGCAUCAGGCAGCUAAAUGCUCUUUGGCUCUUCAGGAAGUUCUUCCCAGUGAACGUGUUAAAGAAGAGUACAGGAUUUAAUACUGUCCUUCUCUGGUCCAAAGGGAGCCUCCCACAAGCUGAUUUCCACGACUCCCUUAUUGCUUGAAAGCCUGCCCUGCCUGUGACUCAUAAGGGCAUGGCCUGUGGAGGAAGCCCCGUCACCACCAUCCCCAGCCCCACACUCUCUCGGAUUUAAAGAAGGACCCACAUUGUUUUCAGUACCUAUAAGCAUUUGCUCCUUCUAAAUAACCUCUACACAGCAAGUUAGUUUUCUCUCUGUUCUUGGAAGAAGCUGGAUUGUACAAGUUGAACACUGACAGAUCCUGCUGUAGAGCAUUUGAGUAUCUGGGUAGGGAAGAACAAAUUCAGUUGAGACAAUGGACUUGUAGCAAGCAGGGAGUUGGGAGGUGGGGCCAAUCUUGUUAGUGGGAACCAGGCUGUCUUGUGUCCCCGGGCUCUGUGGAAAACGGAGGCAGAGUCCAGCCUGACCCUGACAGACCACAGGCUGCUUCUGGACCAAUGUCAUUAAAUGGAAUCAUUGUGCAGGU